AUGGCGGCAGCUGCGGUGCUGCCAGCACCCACGCAGUUCAAAGCUGCUCGAGCCGUGGUGGCGGUAAUGGAAGCGUACCGCGACGCGCGUGUGCAGUUCGUCAUGAAAGUCGGCGAACUCGCCGUCUCGCCUCAGAACGCGGAGGCGCUGCUGUCGCUCGGCGCGCUGCAGCUGCUGCUGCCGCUCGCGCAGGACAGCAUGGCGUCCGUGCGAUCCGCUGCGACGCUGUCGCUGGGUCGCCUGGCGAAUGUGUUGCACGCGUGGUCGCACCACCUCGUGCAGCGCAACGUGCUGCCGUCGCUCUGCAAGGCGCUCACGUCAGUCCUGCCUUUAACUCUGUUGGUGCUGCCAGGUGCUGCCAGGUGCUGCCAGGUGCUGCUUGGUGCUGCCAGCUCUGUUGGUGCUGCUUGGUGCUGCUUGGUGCUGCCAGGUGCUGCCAGCUCUGGCAGUCUCGCGGUGGAGAAGGCGGUGAGGGCGUGGCUCAAGGAGCGGCGUCUGGGCCGCACGCGCAUGGUGGUGGCCCUCGCCUUUCUGGCAGCGUCAUCACCAGACGCAGCGCUGGCAGUGGUGGUGGCAUGGGGCGGCAUAUCCCCGCUGCAGGACCUCCUAGUGGAGGGCCAUGCGCAUGCCAAUCUCAAAGGGGCGUACACGUGGGCCCUUUCACAAAUGGCUUCCCAUGGUGCACCCCCCUGCACCCCUCUGCACCCCUCACAGGACUGCGUCUGCCUCUCUACCAUCGCCAGGCACUCUGAAGCCCUCGCCCUGCAAGUGUUGGACCAACCCGGGGCAUCUCAUCUGCUGCUCUGCCUGCACGACUCAUCAGCAGCAGCGGCAGUGAGGGAGGUAUCGGCCUGCCGGCAUAUCCGCGCUGCAAGACCUGCUUCCCACGGGUCUGCGUCUGUCUCUCUACCAUCGCCAGGCACUCUGAAUCCCUCGCCCUGCAGCAGCGGCAGUGAGGUGAGGGAGGUGGCGAGGCAGGGACCGGCAGCAGCAGGCUGGCUGGUGGGCAUGGGGGGCAUUGGGCCUCUGCUGGAUGAUGUGAGCGCGUGGAGGGACGAGGGCGAGGGGGAGGGCGCCGGGGAGGGGAAGGGUGGAGGGGAUGGGGAGGCAGUGACAGGGGCAAGGAGCUCUGCCCAGGUGUCAGGGAUGCCAGGACAGCUGUCUUUCACGCCAUCCCUUGUGUUCUUUGUUGAGGCAUCUAUUGCUUCUCAGCCCUCCGUGCAUUUCCUCAGUCAGUCUCUCAAACAAAAAGUCAUGUGCUCGCCCACUCUCUCACUCAAACGCACGCACCCGCCAUACCUCCUCCUGCUUUCAAACUAUCGCUGUCUUACCUCCAUCUCCUCUCCCUCCCCUAUUGUUUCCCCCCCCUUCCCCCCUCCAACCAUUCUAUCCCCCCUCCAACCAUUCUAUCCCCCAUACAACCAUUUCCCAGUGGUGGUGGCCCUCGGCUUCCUGGCAGCUUCCUCACCAGACCAGACGCAGCGCUGGCAGGGGUGGCAUGGGGCGGCAUAUCCCCGCUGCGCUGCAGGACCUGGUAGUGAUGUGAUGGGUGAUGCUCACGGCACCCUCACAGGGGCGUGCGAGUGGGCGCUCUCACGUGGGCGCGGAACAAUCGUGGGAGGACACACGGGUUAA